AAAGACGGAGACUCGCCGGUUAACCACUUUUCAAACAGUAACCGUCACAUUAAUAAUCUUUCCCUUUCUCUUCAUGGGUUCACUUCCUCACAGUUUCUCAGAAUGGCCGAGAUGGAUUCAGCUCCUCUUCCCUCUGCACCGGCGGUGGUCUCACCGAAUUCUUCUUCUUUGUCAUCGUCUGAUACAGAGGAAGUUGUUAACUAUGGGCAUUCUGGGAAUUUCAAUCAGCCCCAUUUUCCCGCGCGGGUGAACACUUCAGUGUCUGAUUGUGAACAGAACGGGUCCUGCUUCGUUGUGGUUCUUGUUUUGUGUUGCUUUGUGUCGAUGGUUAUGAUUGAGGGUGUAUACGGACCAGAAAAUGUCUGGAUUGGACCAAAUUCAUCCAUUCUUAUUGAACCAAACCCCAUUUUUGUCCAAAGUGUAAAGGUGAAAGAUUUAGAUGAAUCAGUAUCUGGACUUGAGCUAUUUGGGUUCUACAGAUCUCCUCCUCUUGAUGUUGUUGUGAAUUGGUCAGAAUCCCGCUUGGCACCUGUCUCACAUAAAUCUUCCAAGGGAUGGCCAUUCUAUCUGAACGAAGGAGCUUCACUAAAUAUUUCAUAUAGCGUUAAACCAAAAGGCCAUUCAGUUCGGCUUGUGGUCGGUGAAGGAAUGCCCUCUCGCUGGUUGUUGAAGGGGGAGUUACCUAAGUAUCAGAACACCGCUCUCUCAUGGAAUCUAAUUCGGGGUAGUGGUAUGAUUAAAGUGAAGAUAAGUAAGUCUUCAAGUUAUUAUGUUGCUGUGGCUAACUCCAACAUGAAGGAUGUCGAGGUGGAACUGGAUUUUGAUGUAAGGGCUGUCUUGUAUGAUACUAAACAAUCAAUCUACAACUUUACCUUGAGCAAAGGCGAGUGCACAUUUAAUGCAAUGUCUCUUGUUGGAAAUUCUAUUGUCUUAACUUCUCAAGAACCGAGACAGGGAGUAUCCGUUGAAGACCAAGAAUGGUAUAUCAGGUUCUCAUAUCAACCUAGAUGGAUUGCAUAUGUGAUCGGCACAGGUUUGGUGACUUGCUUCAUGCUGGUAGCUAUACAACUUUGGAAAAGGUUACCAUGUCUUGUUGGAGAGAGAUAUCUAACCGAAAACGAUUCAGCGAGAACACGUCUGCUUGCAAACAAAGAUGACGAUGGUUCAAGCACGGGUUCGUCUUUUGCAGCCGACGAUGCUGAAUUUGAAGACUUUAUCGGCAGUGAAGGUGAAGCAAGUAAUGGCACUAGACGUCUCUGUGCUAUAUGUUUGGAUUCUCAACGAGAUUGUUUUUUCCUGCCCUGUGGCCACUGCGUUUCUUGUUAUCAAUGCGGAACAAUGAUAGCCCAAGCUGCUGGAAAUUGUCCAAUCUGUAGAAGGAAAAUGAAGAAGGUGAAGCGAAUUUAUACAGCAUAAGAUGUAUCAAUAACUCUCCAUCAUAAUGUUGGAAUCUAUAGAGAUAUGA